AAGGAGCGAGGGCGGGCGGCCGCCGGUUGCCCGGGCGAAGGCGACGCCACAGCGGCCUCGGCGCGGACAAAAUGUCGGCGGUCGGAGCGGCCCGGCGGGGCGGGGAUCUGCCCGGGGUGCGGAGAGCGGCCGGCAGCCCCCAGGCGCCCGCGGGGCCCGGCGCGCUGAGCGGAGCAUGGCUGGCCAAGGAAGAACAGUACAAGCGACUGAAUGCAGAAUUAGAAGCCAAAACAGAAAAACUGGUGCGUCAGGCUGAAGAGCUAAUGAAAGGCCAACAGAAGAUACUAUCUCAGCCAAUUUCAGUACAGAGUAAGUCACCUGAAGAUGACAGACAGAGAGAUCCACUCUCUCCUGAAGUUCCAUCUCUUACACACUCACUUGCAAAGGUAGAAAACAAGAAGAAAUUUCCUUCUGUGCCCACAGCUCAGAACAGACCAUACUCUGCAAGUAAGGGAAAAAGAGCAAGUUCAAGUUCAAAAUUAAGGAACAUGGAAGUACAAAGUGCUGAUGGUAUUGCAGUACUGGAAGAUUGCAUAGGCUUUUCUUUAACAAAAACAAUAAGCAAAGUUGAAGAAAAACUAAAGAAAGGAGUCUUACCAGACUGUCAAGAUGAUGAUAUUAUUCCAAGGUUUGGAAAUGAAAUGGGAGCAGAAGCUCAAAUCAGAUUUCUUAAGGCAAAGUUACGUGUGACACAGGAAGACCUGGCAAACGUAUUGUUUGAAUGCAGGAAAAAGGAUGAUGAAAAUCAGAAUUUAGAAACUCGGCUUAAAGAUACUGAAGAAGAAAACACAAGACUGCAACGAACAAUCAGCCUGCAGCAGUCUCAGACCGAGAAGUACAAAAUGUUGUCACAAGAAGCAAACAAAAAAACUGAAGAGUUACAACAAGAGGUCACUGCACUAGAAAAGGAAUUGGAGAAUCUAAAGCGAGCCCAAAAGCAGGCUGCAACCACUCAGAGUGCAACAGAGGUUCGUUUAAACAGGGCCUUGGAAGAAGUGGAAAAGUAUAAAGUGGAGCUGAAUAAACUGAAGCAAAGCAACAAGGAUGUAGCAAACCAAGAAAUCAAAAUGAUUGAAGAAUUAAAAACAGAAAACAAGAAACUGCAGAAACAAAAAGGAGAGCUAAUUACAGGUUUUAAAAAGCAGUUAAAGUUAAUUGAUAUUUUGAAGAGACAAAAGAUGCACAUUGAAGCUGCCAAAAUGCUUUCUUUUACCGAAGAGGAGUUCAUGAAAGCCCUUGAGUGGGGAAAUUAUUGAUCCCAUUAACUUCUGUUUGAAAGAUGAGUCAGAUGGUACAUUAUUUU